UUAUUCGUUAGAAAGGAAAUGUGUCGUUGUAGCUCGGGUUCUUUUGUAGGAAGAAUUAUAAACACAAUAACAUAACGAUAUUUAGAUUAGAGCCAUUUUCAGUGGGCGUUUUUGUUACUUUUCAUUAGCGUUGAGUCGACAAAAUACUUCGCCUUCGUCGUCUAGCAAUUGCAGCCUCUGCCAUAACGUUGGCAGGGGGGGCUUAUUAUAUAGCUAAAGGGAAUGAGACAGAUGGGUGUGCGAUGAGAGAUUAUAAAGUGCAACAGGAAUUGAAGGCCAAGAUUCCAUCGCGUGCUAGCAUGUUAGAUAAGCUCAAAAAAAGGGAGAAGUUUGACAUGUUGGUGAUAGGCGGUGGAGCGACAGGAGCAGGAGUUGCUUUGGAUGCGACAUUGAGAGGGUUGAACGUUGCAUUAGUGGAGAGGGAUGAUUUUUCGAGUUCUACAUCGAGUCGUUCGACGAAAUUGGUGCAUGGAGGCGUUCGAUAUUUAGAGAAAACAGUGAAGGAAUUGGAUCCGAAGCAAUUUAAUUUGGUGCUGGAGGCGUUACAUGAGCGUUGGACUUUAUUGAAAUUGGCGCCGCACUUGACAAACUGUCUAGAGAUUAUGACGCCUUGUUACAGUUGGUGGGAGGUGCCUUAUUACUGGAUAGGAAUGAAGAUGUAUGAUAUUUUGUCGUUUCGCCGUCACCUGAAGAGUUCGAGUUAUUUAUCCAAGUCGGAGUCUUUGGAGAGGUUUCCGAUGCUGGAUGAACAGAGGGGUUUGAAAGGGUCUAUUAUUUACUACGAUGGACAGAUGGACGACUCGAGGUUGAAUGUGGCGUUGGCGAUGACGGCGGCGAUGAGAGGUGCGAGCAUGGCAAACCACGUGGAGGUAAUAGAGUUAUUGAAGGAAGUGAAGGAUAUGAAAUUGGAGAAAGACAGGUUGGUUUCGCCGAGGUUGGAGGGAGUGGAAGGGAGUAUACCGGAGGUACUGAAAGACGAGAUGAAGGGUGUCGAAUUGGAAAAGGAAAAAAAAUUGGACAGGGUGGUGGGGGCUCGUGUACGAGAUAACUUGACGAAUGAGACAUGGGAGAUUUAUGCCGAUUUGGUGGUGAAUGCGACAGGUCCUUAUGUGGACAAGGUUCGUCGAAUGGACGAUGAGUCGGUGGUUCCACUGGUGAUGCCUUCUUCUGGAACGCAUUUGGUACUGCCGGAGUACUACGCGUCGCAAAGUACAGGGUUGAUUAUUCCGAGGACGGACGACGGCCGAGUGAUUUUUGUGGUGCCAUGGCAAGGAAAAGUGAUUGCUGGAACGACGGAUACAAAGUGCGAUUUAGAAUAUCAUCCUGCGCCGACGGAGUACGAAGUUGAAUGGAUCUUGCGAUCUAUAGCAGCGUAUUUAAGACUGGAGGUGAGCCGCGAUCAUGUUUUGGCGGCUUGGAAGGGGAUUCGUCCGUUGGUCUCGGUGGAAUCAGUUGACAAGUCUGAGAAGACGCAGGCAAUUGUGAGGGAUCACACAGUGGUGGUGAGUCCCUCUAAUCUAUUGACGGUGACAGGUGGGAAGUGGACGACUUACCGGAAGAUGGCGGAGUGUGUGGUUGAUAAGGCGCUGGAGAUAUUAGAGAAGAGCGACAAAAUGUUCCACUUGCGCCGUCAGUUUGGUUCGUGUGUUACGGAGAAUUACACGUUGGUAGGGGGGAAUGGGUGGCAUCCAGCGCUGUUUUUGGACUUGAUACAGAGAGGAGUGCGAGCGAAGUACUUGAAGGGCGAUGAGCUGAACAUGAAGAGAGAGACGUUAUUAGGUCAUCCGGAGACGCAUGUACCUAUGACGGUUGACAUUGCUCAGCAUUUGAGUCGGUCGUAUGGAUCUCGUGCAUUUUUGGUAGCAGAUAUUGCCAGGAAGAACGGAUACGGAAAGAGACUGGUCCAUCAAUAUCCGUUUUUAGAAGCAGAAGUGGUUUAUGCAGUCAAAAAUGAGUAUGCGUGUACGGCUAUAGAUGUGUUAGCCAGGCGCUUGAGGUUGGCAUUUUUAGACGUCAAGGCGACUCAAGAUGCUCUCCCGAGGACCAUUGAAAUCAUGGGCAAGCUGUUGAACUGGGACAGCGAGAAGAAGAAGCAGGAAUAUGAAGAAUCUAUGGUGUUUCUUCGGAACAUGCAUUGAGCCUCGUUAGUUGAGAGAGAAUGCAGGGGUUUUCGCAUAGGGUUAUUGUGCGUGGAAUAAAAGGACUGGUGUUUUUUCCGGAACGUAUGCACGCAGUGGACCUAUUGCUCCAUGAUUUAGACGAGAUUUUUGUACAUGGAUUUGAAAUAGUUUGUCCUGAUGGGAGCAGGUAUGUGUGUGUGGGUAAAAUUUUUUAUCGUUUUAGAAGACGAUUUU